AUGGCACCACGCUUAAGUGCCUUAAAAUCUGCCUUUAGGAUAGCAUCACGUCCCUCUCAAGGCAGCUCUCAAAGAUCAUUUGUCAGGUUGCCUGUGGAACGGCCGAUCGAUGAGGAGACGCUACCUCACUACGACACAGAACAAUUCUAUCCCGUACACAUUGGAGAUGUAUUCAAUGACAGGUACCGGGUCACAGGAAAGCUUGGCUUCGGUGCCUACUCAACAAGUUGGCUAUGUCGGGAUCUUCGAAGCCAAAGGUAUGUUGUGCUAAAGGUGUCCACAUCGCUACGAAAUUUUCCCACUGCGACCGACCGCGAGUUCAAGAUUUACGAGCACCUCGCGAAGAUCAAAUCGGCCCAUCCAGGACAAUCACUAAUCCGAGAGCUCUAUGACUCCUUCGAGGUCCGGGGCUAUGUUGGCAAACACCGGUGCCUCAUCCUUCAACCAAUGCACAUGACGCUCCUUGAGAUGAUGAGACUAAACCCAAGGCCAUUUGACCUACCCCUUCUCAAAAUGACUCUGAGACGAUUAUUAUUGGCGCUUGAUUUUCUGCACACUGAAGCCGACACCAUUCACACCGAUCUGAAGACCGACAAUCUGAUGCUUAGCCUGGAGGACAAUACAAUGCUAGCCGAUUUUGCGGAUGAAGAGAUCAGACAACCGAGCCCUCGAAAAAAGAUAGAUGAAUCGCGCACCAUAUACCAAAGUCGACAAUUUCGCCAACCCUAUAGAGGGAAGAGCUUCGGUCUGCCUAUUCUUUGUGAUUUUGGGGAGGCAAGGAUUGGGAAGACACAUGAGUCUGGCCCUUUUGUACAGCCGAAUAUCUAUCGAGCUCCAGAGAUCAUAUUUGAGAUGGCAUGGGGAAGCGCUGUUGAUAUCUGGAACCUGGGGGCUCUGAUUUGGGAUCUCUUUGAAGGACAUCAUCUAAUUGGGGAUAUUUUCGAUAAUAAUGGCAACCACGAUCCAUUUAAACACCUGGCAUUAAUGGUCGCAUUGAUUGGGCCACCGCCGAUGGAUUUUGUCCGUCGCAGUGAAACAACAGGGCAGUGUUUUGAUCGCAAUGGUUCUUGGAUUGCUCAUGAAGACGCGGUUGUGCCGCCGACUUCCCUGGAAAGUCUAGAGAAGCGACUUUCUGGCACCGAGAAGGAAUAUUUUCUUCAUUUUCUUAGGUCCAUGCUUAAGUGGCUGCCGGAAGAACGCAAGACCGCAAGGCAGCUGCUUGACGAUCCGUGGCUGCGCUGA